UGACAAAAUAGAAACAACUCUAAAAACCCUACAAGAUUCAUUUGAGAGAGAGACCUGAGAAUCAAUCGUGCAAUCGAAAACGGCGAUGGGAAGAUCAGCUUUGAUUCACUUAAUCCGCUCUCAGUCUCGCCGUCUCUCUUCCUCCUCCUCAUUCACUUCAGGAUAUGGCCGGUCAAUAGCAGGGACAUGGUUACCAUCACCAUCAUCAUCAUCAGUGAUCCCUAAGGUCAGAUUCCCUGAGGCUCAAACUCUUUACCAGAGAAGCUGGGCAUCAUCAUCUAGAGCAAACACUAGAGAGGAAGAUAAUGAUGAUGAGCACAAGAUCAGCAUCGGACCACAAGACAAGAAACAAGACAACGACGGAGGCGGUGUUGUUUACCACGGCCCAAUCUCAUCAACCAUCAAAAAAGUGAAACUCCUCUCGCUCUCCACCUGCUGCCUCUCCGUCUCUCUCGGCCCAGUCAUCACCUUCAUGACUUCCCCCGGACUCAACGUGAUCAUGAAAGGCGCUGUUGCCUCCACCGUGAUCUUCCUCAGCGCUUCCACCACCGCUGCUCUCCACUGGUUCGUCAGCCCUUACGUCCACAAGCUGAGGUGGCAGCCUGGUUCCGACACUUUCGAGGUGGAGAUGAUGACUUGGCUCGCGACGUUUGCGCCGAAGACGCUGAAGUUCUCGGACGUGCGUUAUCCGGACACGCAGAGGCCGUUUGUGAGUUUUAAGGCGGAUGGGGAGUACUACUUUGUGGAUGCGGAGCGGUGUCCCAACAAGGCGUUGUUGGCUAGGCUUACUCCUCCCAAGGAUGCUCAUGACUCUGCUUUCAAGAACUUGUGAUUCCAGAUUCCAUUUUUUCCUCUUCUUUAUCAUUCUCUGUCUUGGGUUUGUAACACUUUUGGAUCUCCCUUGGACUACCGGAGAAUGCAGAUAAUAAAAGAGUUUAUAAAAGGAUUAACACUUUUGGCACUGGCA